UGUAUAAAAGCCGUGUGGAGCUCCUGCGUUCUCUCCAAGCGCCCGAGUCGUGAAUCUGUGAGACGCGAAGAUCUCCGCAGGAUCUCGCCUGCACAGAGGACCGAUUGGGCUUCCACACACUUGCAGACAUGGGGAACUCCACAGGAUGCACCGUGGACGACCUACAGGCUGUCGAAAUGCACCUCUGGUACAAGAAGUUCAUGACUGAGUGUCCUUCAGGUCAGUUAACGCUCCAUGAGUUUAAGCAGUUCUUCGGACUCAGGGGUCUCGAUCCAGAGGCCAACGCUUACAUCGAACAGAUGUUUCGCACGUUUGAUAUGAACAAGGAUGGUUAUAUAGACUUCAUGGAGUAUGUAGCGGCACUGAGUCUCGUGAUGAGAGGAAAAAUGGAGCACAAACUACGCUGGUACUUCAGACUUUAUGACGUGGACGGCAACGGCUGCAUAGACCGACACGAGCUGCUUAAUAUCAUAAAGGCUAUCCGCGCCAUUAACGGCAGCGAUUCCCAGGAAAUGAGUGCAGAAGAGUUCACCAACCGAGUGUUCGAGAGGAUCGAUGCGAAUGGUGACGGUGAGCUAUCGCUGGAGGAGUUUGUAGAAGGAGCACGACGAGAUGAGGAGUUCAUGGAGGUGAUGAUGAAAAGUCUGGACCUCAGUCACAUUGUGGCCAUGAUCCACAACCGCAGAAACAGCGUGUAAGAGCUGGAACCUCAACAGAAGUGUGAGAAAAAGCUCUCUCAGGAUGAACUCCUUCUCAGCAGUUAACUGUAGAGUGAAAGUCAGGUGGUUGAUGAAAUGAAUGUUAAACAGGCAGAGAGAAUGUUCUAGAAGUUCAGCACUUUUCCACAACCCUCUGACAUCCAUUCAGCUGUUUCUGUUAGUAGAACGCCUUUAAAGUUCUCCUGAUGCAGGUUCCUAUCCAACACUGCAAGCAUUGUGGCUAGCUAGCUAGUCGGUUAUUUAUGCUAGUUUUUAACAUGGUCACUAAUCAGAAUAAAAUAUUUCAUAAAUGGUGUAUAUUCCGGUCACAUCACCAUUAGGGCUCACAAUGUUGUUUUUCAUAAUGGUGGAACUUUCAUGCUAUCAUUUAGCAUCACUGCUAAGUCUUAUUACAGUAAUAUACUAGCUUUUAUUUCUUACUAGCAACACUUUUGAGAUAAAUGUUGUAUCUUUACCUUUUUAUAGCCAUAUAAAUGAUUUAAUAUGCGAGUUAAUGAUUCACAAAGUCUCUUAUUACUGCUUUAAGCACAUAUCUGAGGAAAAAGUUCCUAUUCUGAAUGGAUUGGUCUUGGUUUUAUUAUUACAUUUUACUGAGACUGUGUAGAAAUAAAUAAGCAGCUACAUGCUAGCUAGACAAAAUGAUCAUUUUAGGCACACCGUGUCUUUUCCUAAUGAUCUACCAACACUUCUGAGAGAAAUGUUUAUAUUCCUGAUACUGAGCAAGAACAAUGUCAAUCCAUGUCCUUACUUUCUCAUAUAAAUGAUGUACUACUGGCAUGCUAGCUAGCAUAACUAAAAUUCAGCUUUACAAUGUCUUUUUAAUCACAUAUCUGAGGUAAAUAUUUAUAUUUCACAUAGUCCUCUGUAGUUAGACUGUAGAAAUGAAUUCACAGCUACAUGCUAGCUAGAUGAAUGAUAAUUCCAGCCACAUGUUAUUUAUUAGUUUUUCACCAACACUUCUGAGGGAAAUGUUGAUAUUCCUCAUAGAUUUGUCCAGUUUUAACUCUUCAUAUCCUUACUUUAGCCAGAUAAACUAUUAACUACCGUCAUGCUAGCUAGAUUGAUCGGACUUUUAGCCAAUUUCUUAGUGAUUUACCAAAAAAUCUGAGGAAAAUGUUUGUUCCUAAUAGUUCUGUUGCAAAGUCUUCAUGCUGACCGUAUAUCAGACCUAUCGGUUAUGAGUUGUCAUUUUUUUGCUUAUUCUUUGUGGAUUCUGUCCUUCCACUUAAAAACUGUAGCAGAACGCAGCACAUGUAACGGUCACUAAGUGAUGAAUGUGCUCUGUAUUCGUAUUUUAUAUGUAUAUAUGUUAAUUAUUACUUUUGAGGUAGAUUUGUACAUUUGGAAAUAAAGUUAAGUUGGUUUAAAUUUGUAAAGAUGUGAAGCAGCCUCCUCAACUUCUCAUCUACAUCAGAUGAAUCUCUUCAAAAUCUAGUGUAACAUCUUCCCAGAAGAGUGGAGGUUAUUAUAACAGGAAAUAGGGACACAACAGUAAGUAGGAUAUAAGGUGUCCACAAUAAUUUCACUAUCAAAGUGUAUAUUUAUUAGAAAAUGACUGCUUUUGGCAUAAAAGUGUUUGAGUCAUUGGUCAUCUCUGGGAUUAGCAGGUUUGGAUUCGAGAUAUGUUUAAUGAACAUCGAGUUGCUCUAACCAUAAUCAUUUAAUUUACAUAAUUACAGACACCACAGGGAGUUCAUUUCAACAUUUAAUUUCCAAACUAACUUUGCAAAACCUGCACUCACAUUGUAAACAAUCGUGAUCAGAACAAGCAUGUAGCUAUCUGAUGUUUACGAGGAAAAUUAGCUAGCAAAAUUUUAACAGAUGAUUCCAGAUCAGAUUUUGCUGGUGUCCUGAUGCCAGUUGUUCCUUCCAUGAGAUGUACACAAUACUUUUUAAUGGAGAAAUUGGUAAAUAAUAACAACAAUAAUAAUAAUAAUAAUAAUAAUAAUAAUAAUAAUAAUAAUAAUAAAUCAGCUUAAUUGAAUAUAUUGUGGUGGUUUGUGUAACGCGAAUGCAUUGUGCCUUGUGCAACACAAAGACAGAACACAUGCUGACCUGCUUGUGCUUUUUGUUUCUUCAAUAAAAAAUAUAUAUAUAUAUGAAA